UUUUCAAAAUUUUGACCGAUUACAAUACUUUUCACCUUACACUAUGUGUGCGGAAAAGUAAAAUUUUCGAAUUGAGUUUUUACAUGCAGUUUUUUUCAUCUUACUUUCAAUGCUUCCUAGGCCAUACAAAUGUAGUCAAAUAUCUAGUUGAUCAUAAUGCAAAUGUGAAUGCCGAAUUCGAUGGCUAUAUAACACCAUUACACUACUCAGCUCAAAAUGGUCAUACAGAUGUUGUCAAAUACCUCGUCGAUAAUAGAGCCAAUGUGAAUGCGGAAACCGAUGAGAAAGAUACACCACUCCACCGGUCUGCUGAGAAUGGUCAUACAAAUAUAGUUAAAUAUCUAGUUGAACAUGGAGCUAAUGUGAAUGUGGUUGAUAGAAACAAUUACACACCACUUCAAUACGCGGUUCAGAAUGACCAUGUAGAUGUAAUCAAAUAUUUAGUUGAUCAUCGAGCAAAUGUGAAUGCCGAAUCACACUCACCACUCCACUUGGUUGCCCAGAAUGGUAGUUUAGAAGUAGUCAAAUAUCUUGUGGAACAUGGAGCCAACAUAAGUGCGUAUAGCAAUAUAGACGAGAACGGCAAUACAAAACUAACCCCAAUUCACGCAGCUAUUCUUUAUGGUCAUACAGAUGUUACCAAAUAUCUAGUCGAACAUAUAGCCAAUGUAAAUGUGGAAGACAUGGCAAGAGAUUCACCGUUGAUCUACGCUGUUAAGGAGGGUAAUUUGGAAGUAAUUAAAUAUCUAGUCGAACAUAGAGCAAAUGUGAAUGCAGAAGGCUUUGAAAAACAAACGCCUCUUCACUGGGCUACUGUAACAUCUGGUUCAAUAAAUAUGGUCAAAUAUCUCGUUGAACAUGGAGCCAAUGUAAGUGCGGAAAACUACAUAGGUGUUACUCCGCUUCAUUACGCUGCUCAGCAUGGUAAACUAGAUGUAGUCAAAUAUCUAGUUGAACAAUCUGGAGCCAACGUAAAUGCGGAAGGAAGUUUGAAAUCAAGACCGCUUCACUGGGCAGCUGAAUAUGGCCAUACAGACAUAGUCAAAUAUCUAGUUGAUCGAGGAGCAAAUAUAAAUGUGUUUGACCGUGUGUCAAGUACACCACUUCACUACGCUGCUCAGGAAGGUCUUUUUGAAGCAGUCAAGUAUCUAGUCGACCACGGAGCCAAUAUAAAUGAGUUUGACCAUGUGUUACGUUCACCAAUUCACAAUGCUAUCAUCAAAGGUGAUCUGAAUAUUGUCAAAUAUCUAGUUGAACAUGGAGCCAUUGUGAACACCGCAGACUUAUUUCACCAAACGCCAGAACAUUUAGCUCUAGAUAUGAGUGAUAUACAAUUAAGCAGACAGAUAGCCAAGAUACUGAGGAAAUCUCCCAGCUUUGUUUUUCCUUCAAAAAUUGCGUGCACAUCAUAUUCAACUAAUGAUAUUGAUAUACGAAUUGUAAAGGGCGAUGCGGUUAAUGUUACAGAGUUUCCUUGGAUGGCUGGAUUAUUCUACCCGAAUACUGACGACAGUGAGAACGAUAUUCGUUGUGGAGGUACAAUUAUAUCCAAGCGUUAUAUUAUGACUGCUGCUCAUUGUGUACAUGAAGAGAAUGAACCGUCUCAAGUUCGAGUUGGUAAACUAACUGUUGAUGAUGAUGAUGGAAUGGAAGGCGAUAUCUAUCUAAUAGAAGAUAUCAUGAAGCAUCCACAAUAUAAUCAACUAACAAAGAAAAAUGACAUUGCAUUGAUUCGAACUCGAGACGAAAUUCAAUUCAAUGAUAAUGUUAUAGCAGCAUGUUUGCACACGAUAGAGGAAGAUGUUGAUUCUGAACUGAUCGUUAUCGGUUGGGGGCUCACUUCCGAUAAUGGACCCAAAUCAAACAGGUUACUCAAGACGACUUUAAAAUCGAUACCAAUACUUGAAUGUAAUUCAACUAUUUUGGCAUGGAACAAAAAAUCAAAUGCAAACGAAUUUCGAAAUGGUGUCAGCGAAGGGCAAUAUUGUGCACAUGAUCCAAAAGGAAGAAGCGAUUCAUGCCAAGGAGAUAGUGGAGGUCCACUUCAAUAUUUCCCGUACAGUAAUUCAACGAUCGCGACCAUAGUUGGUGUUGUUUCAUUUGGUGCUUCAAAAUGUGGAUCCACAUUACCAAGUAUCUACACUCGUGUGGCUCAUUACAUUGAUUGGAUUGAAUACAUCGUUUGGCCCCUAACCUAUCCAGAGAUAGAUAAUACAAAGUACCACAAUGAUGUUCCAUAUGGGCUUGCAUACAAACAAAACUUCAACCAAAAUUUCAUAUCAUCGAUUUUAUUAUUCAAUCAGCAGAUUGUAUUUGAAAUGAAAUAUUUUUUGGUGUUUCUAUUUUUGUUUUGUGAACUGAGGGAUGCACGAUCCAAUACUGGUUUGGAUCAACAGCUAUUGAGUGCCGUAAGAAGAGGUAAUGUGGAUAAAGUUAAAAAUCUACUCGCACGUGGAGCCAAUGUAAAUGUUGAAGAUAACGAAAAGCAUACACAGGCACUUCAUCGUGCUGCUAUGGCGGAUCAUACCAAUGUAAUCAAAACUCUCAUCGAUGCGGGAGCAAACGUGAAUGCCACUACUGAAGAUGAAAAUACACCGCUUCAUUAUAGCGCUGAGUGGGGCAACAUUGAAGCGAUCAAAUACCUACUCGACCAUGGAGCCAACGUAAAUGCAGUGGGUGCAAACAAACAGACGCCUAUUUAUCGUGCUGCAAUGAACGGCCAAGCAGAGGCAACCAAAACAUUAAUCGAAUAUGGAGCCACUGUAAAUGUCGAAGACUACCAGCAGAGGUCAGCGCUUCACUACGCUGCUGAGAAAAAUCACCCAGAAGUAGCAAAAUGUUUAGUCGAACAUGGUGCCAAUAUAGAAGCUAUCGACUCUCUCAAAAAUACACCAAUUCACUUGGCUUCUCGUAAUGGUAAUAUAGCAGCAGUCAAAUAUCUAGUUGAACAUGGAGCAAAUGUGAAUGCUACAAACGAAUAUCAAAAAGACACACCACUCCACUUAGCUAGUUUUUAUGAUCAGAUCGAUGUAGCCAAAUAUCUAGUCGAACAAAGAGUAAAUGUGAAUGUGGAAAACGACGACAAAUUUAUACCCAUUCAGCAUGCUGCUCGCAAUGGUAAUUUGGAGUUGGUAAAAUAUCUAGUCGAACAUGGAGCAAAUAUAAAUUAUGUAGAUAGAUACGAAGACACGCUUCUUCACAACGCGGCCAAUGGCGAGAAUGCUCAAGCAGAUGUAGUCAAAUACCUAGUUGAACAUGGGCUUAAUGUAAAUGCGGAAAACGAUAUCCAACGUACACCGUUAAUGCAAGCGUGUGAGAAGGGUAAUUUAGAAAUAGUUAAAUAUCUAGUCGACCACGGAGCCAGUGUGAAUGCACAAGACCAUUUGGAAAGUACUCCAGUUCACUUCGCUUCUCGAAAUGGUUAUGUUGAUAUAGUCAAAUAUUUGGUCGAACAUGGAGCCGAUAUAAAUGUCAACGACAGAUUUAAUUAUACACCAUUUCAUGACGCGGUGAAGAAUGGUAGAUUAGAAGUAGUCAAAUACCUAGUCGAAUGUGGAGUAAAUGUGAAUGACAGAAAUUCGCAAGGAGACACACCACUUCACUUCGCCGCAUUGAAUGAUCAUACAGAUGUACUCAAAUAUUUAGUGGAUCAUAGAGCAAAUGUGAAUGCAGAAGACCAGUUUAAAGAUUUACCAAUUCACUAUGCGGUUACAUGGAGUGGUUUAGAAGCAGUCAAAUAUCUAGUGGAACAUGGAGCCAAAAUAAAUGCGUAUGGCAAUGACAAUCUUACGCCGUUGUUAAACGCAGUUCGAAUAGUUGGGAAAAAUAAUUUAGAAGUAGUAAAAUAUCUAGUCGAACACAGAGCAAAUGUGAAUGCCGAAAGUAAAGACAAAAAUACGGCACUGCACUAUGCUUCGCAAUAUGGUCAAGCAGAUUUAGUCAAAUACCUGGUUGAUCAUAGAGCUGAUAUGAAUGUUAAAAACGCUUAUUAUAGUGAACCAUUGCACUUGGCUGCCGAACGAGGCGAUUUAGAAACAGUCAAAUAUCUAGUUGAACACGGAGCCAAUGUAAAUGCGUCUGACAAUGUCCGGCGUACACCACUCAUAAAUGCGAUUCAGAAAGAACAUGUGGAGACAGUAAAAUAUCUAGUUGAUCAUAAAACCGAUGUGAAUGCUGUAGAUGUUGAUCAAUAUACAGCACUUCACUGGGCGACAGAUUAUGGAGGUAAUUUGGAGAUAGCCAAAUAUCUAGUUGAACAUGGAGCCGAUGUAAAUUUAAAAACCAAGAACAAUAAAAUACCACAUCAGUAUGCUGUACAAAGAGGUUAUAGAGAUAUAGCUAAAUUGCUGAGGAAUAAUCCCAACUAUGUUGGCGUCUCGCAAAUAGCUUGUACAAACUAUUCUAUAAAUAAUAUAGAAAUUACAGACGACGAGAAUGUAAAUGAUGCUGAUAAUGAGUUCAUUUGGGUGGUUGAAUUAUUCUAUCCAAGUGUAAAUCGUAAUGAAAACGAGAAUCGCUGUAGUGGCACAAUCAUAUCGGAGCGUUAUGUUUUGACUGCAGCGCAAUGUGUAGAUGAAUCCAAUGAACCGUCUCAAGUUCGAGUUGGUAAACCACCUCUUACUGAUGAUGAUUUUGCAGAAUUAUACCUAAUAAAGACUAUUUCGAGACAUCGAGAUUAUAACAAAGAAAUGAAGAAAAAUGACAUUGCAUUGAUUCGAAUUCAGAAUAAAUUUCGGAAUUUCAAUGGGGAUAUUAGGGCAGCAUGCUUGCACACGAAAGAAGAGGUUGUUGAUUCUGAAUUGAUCGUUAUCGGGUGGAGUGCCACCAUCACUAAUGGGUCUUAUUCGAGUAAGUUACUCAAAACGAACUUAACAUCGGUACCAUUGCUCGAAUGUAAUUCAACUAUUUUGGAAUGGAAUAAGCAACUAAAUUAUGAUGAGUUUCAAAAUGGCAUCAGCGAAGGGCAAUAUUGUGCAAACGAUCCAAAAGGAAGAGGAGAUUCUUGCCAUGGCGGUGCUCUUCAGAGUGGAGGUCCUCUCCAGUAUUUCCCAUACAGUAAUUCAAGCAGAGCGACCAUAGUUGGCAUUGUUUCACUUGGUGUAAAUUGCGGAACCUCGUUACCAAGUGUCUAUACACGUGUGGCUUAUUACAUUGAUUGGAUUGAGUCCAUCGUUUGGCCACUAAAAUAAAAUUUUAAAUAUAAUAAAGUGCCGUUAAAUACAAUUGCAUCUUAUUCUUAAAAA